CGCCAUAUUGGCCGCCUGUUAUGAUGGUGGGCGAGGAGGUCGUCGGCGAUUAGGGACUGGAAUUCAGGAUGGCAGUCGACUUCUGCGACUAUUUCUGGGGGGAAGAGCACAAUGGGUGGAAUGUUCUGUAUCAGAAUAUGAAACAAGGUCAGACAGCAAGUAAAGAAUUAGCAGAAUUUUUCAAGGAGAGAUGGUCAAUAGAUGAAACAUAUUCCAAAUCUCUUGCGAAGUUAGCCAACAAAGCUGGAAGUAACACGGAGAAGGGAACUUCUGCACAAAUAUUUGUUGUGCUCCGCCAGUCAUCAGAGAAAUUGUCCAAUAUACACUCUCACACCGUCCAACGUGUGCAGGACUUAGUUAAGGAGGUAGUCAAGUACAAUGAGGAUCUACAUAAGAAGUAUAAAGGGGAUUUAGAAAAAGUAAGGAGAGAUGGUGCCUCACCAAAGGACGUAGAAAAGGCAGAAGCUAAAUUGCGAAAAGCUCAUGAUGAAUAUCGAUCACUAGUUGAGAAGUAUAAUACGAUUAGGGAGGAGUUUGAGAAGAGGAUGACUACAUCAUGUAUGAAAUUUCAAAGUGUGGAGGAGUCCCACUUAGCACAAAUGCUACAGUUUGUGCAAACCUACAUAAAUGUUUUACAAAGCAACCAUGAAGCAAUGGGGCAGGUACACCGUGACCUUCUCAGCCAGUACUCGCAGUUCUCAGUGGAAAAAUUGCUCGACCAGUUUGCGCUUUCAAAACAUACAGGAUUAGAAAAGCCAUAUGUGAUGGUUUUUGAAGAUGCUGGGUCUCUAGGAUCAGCUGUUUCAGGACAGCAGUCACCCGAACCUGCUGAUCAGUCCAAAUCCUCCGCAGAAGAUGCAGGGGUUGGCGGGGGAAGCUCCAGUGGUGGCGUCUUAGCUGGAGGUCGAAGUGAACGUGAGUGGUCUGCUCCCCCCAGCUGUAAUUCAGGUGGGGGGGAAGGUAGCCAGGAUGGGGAUGGGGGUGAGAGGGUCACCGAGAGCCUCCCCCCUUCCCCAGCCAAGGCUCCUCCUGCACGUGUAACCAGUGCCCCCACCAGCCCUACUGCAGCGGACGAUCCAAGCCUGGCCCGCAGUGUAUUCCGCUCCUCAAAGUAUGCAGUGUUGGGAGAAUAG